CUCUCGGCGGCCGAGCGCAACCUCGAUUCCUGCCGUUUCUCCUCCCGCCAUUCACCCGCCGCAAAUCCCACUCCGCCGCGAUUCAUCGACAUUCAAUGAAAAAAUUUAAUAAAUAAAAGACGCAUUCCAAUUUCCUGAAAUUCUCCAUCUGAUUUUGUGCAGAUUAAAAUUCGAAUAUUAGUUUGGGAAAUAUAUUGUGAACCACGUAGAGAUGGUUAAAAUAAUGCAUUUCUGAAUAAAUCACCGGGGUCAGGAUUCACGCGCCGCGCAGAUAUGGCGUCUCGUAGAGUAAGGCGGGAAAAAUCACAAAAAUAGCUUCAGCAAAAUGCAUAUUUUUUAUGUUAUUUCUUUAUGAACAGCUGAUUAGCCCAUUAAUUGGCGAAUCGAUCGUUAGAUGGCACGUCAGGCGAAUGGAAAUGAAACAAAAUACGCGGGAAUUAAAUUAUUAGGUCGGCACGCCCCUUUAUCCUGAUUGGCCUCCAUUAUUUCGACGCCAUAUUCAUUUCUGACCGGCGGAAACCAAACUAGAUCUCAAAUCCGGACCCCGGUGGGAAUUACGACUGCGCAGAAGGUUUUAAUUCGAGUCACGCAUGCGCAGUGAUAAUUUUCUGCCUCCCUGAAAGAUUAAGAAGCGAUUUGAACAUACUGCGCAUGGUUAAGAUGCGCACACGUUUACUGCGCAGCUUCAAAACGGGCGAAUAUUCAAAAAAUUAUAAAUUUCAACGCCAGAUUGACUUCUGACCGGAAGAAACCAACACAGAUCGCAACCCGGCCCCCGGUGGAGUAAAUAAAUUAUAGAUUUAUUAUAGGUUAAAAAUAUAUAUAUAAUUAAAUUUGUUUUCAAAAUUUGUUGCUUGUAAAUUAAGCGUCAAAACGUCACUUUUAUUUUCAUUGUCAACACGUGUUGAGAAAAAUUAAUUUGAAAAACUCUGGGCAUAUUUGAAAUUUUAUUUCAAUCAAAAUUACUGUCUACGCUGGAUUUUCUUGGAAUUUUUAAAGGCGUGUGAAUGUAGUGGCUCUAAAAUUUACGAAAAGAAGCGUGGAAGGUGCCUUAUUGCUAAGAAAACAAUUUAAUUUUAUAGGUAAAAAACAAUUUGAGAUUUUACAGAAAAAAAUAAAAAGCAUAAAUAAUAUUUAUUUUUGAAAACAUGUGUUCGCCUUAUGCAAGGGAAUAUUUUCUUGGACCCUGGAUAAACCUCCUAGCAGUCUCAGGUACAUAGGGGAGUUGCGUUCGCAGCGCCACAGUUUGGACGUGCGCUAUAGCCAAUUCUCCUUGUAUUCCAGAAAUCUUUCCAUCCCGCAUCUAGCUGCAGGAGAGGCAACACUAGCACGCAUCAAGCAGCCAUCUUUCUCGCCACCUAAAACACCACGUGUCAAAAAUUCCUCGCUUUUCGGCUGUUUCUACCCCUAAAGCAACGCGCAGUGGUUGGCUCUCUGCAACGCUCUAUUCAGGUAAUUAAUUGAUAUUUAAAUUCAGGAAUAUUUUCUUUGACCCUGGAUAAACCUCCUAGCAGUCUCAGGGAUAUAGAGGAGAUGCGUUCGCAGCGCCACAGCUCAGAGGUGUGCUAUAGCCGAUGCUCUUUGUAUUCCAGAAUACAUUCCAUUCAGCAUAGAUUAAAUUGAAUUUCAGCAUCCGCAGCUGCAGGAGAGGCAACAAUAGCACACGCAUCAAGCAGCCGUCUUUCUCGCCACCAAAAACACCACGUGUCAAAAAUUCCUGCGGAUUUUACUCGCUUUUCGGCUGUUUCUACCCCUACAUCAACGCGUGGUGGUUGAAAUAAUAACAGGAUUUGCUCUCUGCAACGCUCUAUUCAGGAAGAUCAUCAUGGACAACAAGGAGAAAUUGAAGUUCGCCGAAAACAAGUUGCAGGCUUUGAACAUCAAGCCCGUUGCUGUCAAGAGUUUGCAGCAGUUGGCCGCCGAGACAGUUCGACACAAUGCUCCGCUUUACCUGUACAACAAGGAACGCACCUUGCUUCUAACAAGCUUAUCAAACGACGUGAAAAAUCUAGUGUUGGAUAGACUUAUUAGAACUGAGUACGGCGGACCAAACGGCAUUCCAAAUACCGAAUUCGUCGAUUAUUUUCAAGCGUUUUCCGAUUUGCUUAAUUGGAAAACGACGGAAAUGGACCUCGACGCACUGAUGACAUUUUGCCGCAAGAAGUUGCGCGCAAAAUUCUAUAAAAAGGCUCUGUAUCUCCUGGCAGAAAAAUCAACCCAUCUGCAAACUCUGGAGAUUACGAAAAACUGGAACGCGAUCAUCGGCGAGCAACACGUGCUUAGGUCGGUUUGCAGGCUGCGCAACCUCCAGACCCUGACCGCGCCUGACCUCUACCUGGACCUGAGCGACGUGAUGCACACGUGCAAGGAGCUCGAGUACCUUACGCACAUUGAGCUCAAAGGAAUAAACGUGUGCGGGGCGAACUACCAACACGUUGAUGAAUUUAAAAAGUGCUUGUCGCGUCUGGAGGUUUUCCUGUUCAUGCCAGUAGCAGAUUUGAGCGAGGGAAAAGACAAAUUCAGGAGGCACUGCAUCAAACACCUGCCAAACGUGCAGAUAUUUGAAUGCCGCGUGGAGAAGCAAGAACUUCCUCUCGGCUUCCUGGAAAAGGACGAUCUGCCCUUUGAAGCGUCUGCCCUGCAGCACUUGUACACAGUUCCCACUAUGAUGCCGUUGGACCAAUUUUUCCCCGAGGUCAAGUCCCUCAAGGUCCUCUACUGGGUGGUGCCCGAGGAGAAAAUCGACUCGCUGCUGAACUUUGGACACGUUGAGUGCCUCGAGUUGAACUGCAGCUACGACGUCGAAAACGUGGUGGACAAGUUUGUGGCGUCCUAUGGGCGUGGGCUUCUUGAGUUGAACAUUAGUGGCGGACCCAACAGCCUUUACCUCAAUGAGAUUGGUGAAUCGUGUCCACUGCUGAGGAAGCUGUCAAUUGCCGAUGUCAUCAUUGAAAAUGAAUAUGGCAGCAGGCCAGCAGUAUUCCCGACAAUCACGGAAUUCAGCUGGACAAUUUCCAGCAACCAAUCGAGAUAUUUGCUGUCUGGUCUUCUGCGUUCGUUGCCGAAUUUGGAGCGGCUGGCACUCAAGAAGACGCGAGUUGGGAGCUUCGAGUUGGAAGACCUGCAAAAAGUGGCAGAACUCGUGGCUGAAGGGCAAUUGGGGAAGCGCCUCGAGUCUUUCACGCUGAAUUUCGGCGUUUAUUCAGUUGAACUGCACGGACUGGCUACUGACACUUUGAGUGCGUUUGCAGAACUGAUCAAGAACUCGAGUGUUUUCCUGCCGAAUUUCAGCACGGUUGAAUUGAGCAUCAAUUUAGGAAGGGAAUUCCUGCCGAUGCUGCCUCGACGCGGCACUGUCCUCCACUACACUCCGCUUGUUCCUUUCUCCAAGGAAAUUAUGCUGCUUGGUGGCGAGCAGAACUUUUUGCAAUUUCUUUUUGCUUUCAGAAGCACAGAAUGAACUACAUUUCACGACUUUCAUGACAUUUUGGCUGUGAUCUUAAUUGUUAAGUGUUGUAAUUAUGCGUGUAAUAUAUUUAAUAAU